AUGGCCGUGGUUCCGACGCACCGCAGGACUUGCCGGAGGUGCUCAUGUGUCAACGGUGCCGAGAGCAGUUCACAGAGGCCCAGGACUACGUCGCGCACAAGGCAGAGUGCGACAAGAAGGCUAUCAAGCACGGCGAUCCCGCGCAUUCCGACCCCGAGGACAUGGUUGUGUCUGAGGAAGACGACGACGAGGACGAAACAAGCGGUAAGAGCAUAGAGCGCUUGCGUAAGCACCGUCAGGACGCCGCGAACAACAACAAUAGCGAUAAUUCCGCGGACGAAAACGGACAGAGAAUGGGAUUUCCGUUUCCCGUUCCCGCCGCCCCUGGACACGUCACUCUGGAAGCGCUGCAGAACACCAAAGUCGCCGUGGCUCAGUUCGCGGCUACCGCCAUGGCCAACAACACCGACAACGAGGUUGCUUUACAAGAAUUUGCAGUGCUGCAGUCUACUCUCUUCACCCUGCAACACCAGCAAGUGUUACAGCUGCAACUCAUCAAUCAGCUCCAGCACCAGCUACAAAUCGACAGAACGAAAGAGGACGAGGAAGUUUGUCCCAGCUCGCCGCCUCCAUCGGAGAACGAGGCGGAGAUCACUCCAGUGGAAUCUUCUCCUGUAGCCCAGGUCACUCAAGAAUCUCGGGAACCCACUCCGGUGCCGUUACCGCCUCCGGCAGUUCAGCCUAUCGCUCCGCCAGUGGCAGAGCCUGAAGUCUCCGUGCCCCAGUGUCUACCCCCGCAGAUACCGCCCCCAAUGUGCUCCAUAUCCUCCUCGUUAGCGUCGACUAUAAUCACGCACAACGACGAGCAACUCUGCGAAGAACCCAAUACCCUGGAAAUGCUCCAGAAACGGGCACAAGAAGUAUUGGACAAUGCGAGCCAGGGCUUGCUGGCAACUAAUUUGGCAGACGAGCUUGCGUUUAGGAAAAGCAAAGGCUCCAUGUCGCCUUACGACUCCAAAGGGCGCAACGAACCAUUUUUCAAACACCGCUGCAGGUACUGUGGAAAAGUCUUUGGGUCAGACUCUGCCCUACAAAUACAUAUCCGUUCUCACACCGGGGAGCGCCCCUACAAAUGCAACGUCUGCGGUAGCCGGUUUACCACGAAAGGAAACCUCAAGGUGCAUUUCCAGAGACACAGCCAGAAAUUCCCGCAUAUCAAAAUGAAUCCUAACCCGGUGCCAGAGCAUUUGGACAAGUAUCAUCCCCCGUUGCUGGCACAGCUCGGGCAGCAGUCAUCUCUGUCGCCGGUAGGGCCUCAGCAUGGACCUCAUCUAGGGUUUCCGGGAGGGCAUCCUUUUCCACCAUCGCCUCUACCGCUGUUUAGACCUGCAGGUCCGCCUCCACCAGAAUUAAUCAACAGCAGGCUUCAAGCGUCGCCGCAUAGGCUGCUGGACCCUACGUCCAGACUAUUUCCCGCACACCAUCCUCUGUUCCUCAAGCGGGAGGAGCAGGAAAUCCCAGCGGAUCUGAGCAAACCACAAAGAUCUCCAACACCUGUUGAGGACAAGAGUCAACUGGAGCAAGAAGUUGGCGAGAAGAGAGAAAGGCUCGACUCCACUGGAGAGCAAACAGCUGCGAUAAAUACUCCCCAACUGACGCCAAAGCAGGAGCCUAUUUUGACUGACAACGAGACUGAGAUCGAGCAGGAGAGGUAUCCCUCGCCGAUACCCUACGACGACUGCAGCAACAGUAGCAAGUACAGCAACGAGGACCUCUCGGAGCACAGAAGCCCAGUUGAAGAGGCCGGCGAAAACAUGCAGGAUGAGCCCGAGAACCUGUCGAACAGAAGUAACUCCAUGACAGUUCCUUUGAGUAUAUCGACAGGACAGAGACUGCCGGCCAAUUUUUCUUUCGCUAACGCUUCGUCGCCUCCAAGCAGCACAUCCUCUGGCAGCCUAGGACCUUUCCCCAGCACUCAUUUGCCAGACAUCACGAAGGAUCCUUCGAUAUACACUAAUCUUUUGCCGAGACCCGGCAGCAACGACAACUCCUGGGAGAGCCUCAUUGAAGUCACCAAAACCUCCGAGACUAGCAAACUGCAGCAGCUAGUGGACAAUAUAGAGCACAAGCUGUCGGACCCGAACCAGUGCGUGAUUUGUCAUCGAGUGCUUUCUUGCAAGAGCGCCUUGCAAAUGCACUAUAGAACCCAUACAGGGGAGCGACCGUUCAAGUGUAAGAUUUGUGGGAGAGCUUUUACGACAAAAGGGAAUUUAAAAACGCACAUGGGCGUGCACAGGGCGAAGCCACCAAUGAGGGUGCUCCACCAAUGUCCAGUGUGUCACAAGAAGUUCACAAACGCUUUGGUGCUUCAGCAACACAUUCGCCUACACACGGGCGAACCCACUGAUCUCACUCCGGAACAAAUCCAAGCAGCGGAAAUCAAGGACUUUCCUUCUCCAGGUGGAUUUCCGAGUCUGUCCAAUUCCAUGCAUCCGUUUCUCGGUCAGGGGUUCUCCGUUCCGGGUCUUUCGCCUCUGGGGCACUCCGGCAUGAACAUGAACAGGGAUAUCAAGUCUGAGCACGGUAGUAUGGACGAUGACGAUGAUGAUGACGAUGAUAUGAUGUCAACGUCGGAACACCAGAAUAUGCCCCCUUUCUCUAGCUCCCCCCCAGAGAUGCACAGCAGGUCUAUGCCUCCAGUGAGCACAAUGGCGUCCCAGUUUGGCAUGGGGGGUUUGAGCUGCUCCGCUGAAGAUCUUUGUUCCAACAGGACGACUCCUCCUCCUAUGCAGAACGGGGAGAAGUCGCCUAGUCAGUCGGGGGUCACUAGCCCUGGAAGUUCGGAGUUGCGACCGUCACCAAAUCAGACACCAGUCCAGCUCUUUCCCUCGUUUGGGCUUUUGUCUUCUGGCGGACAGUCGCCGUUGAUGUCCUCAGCUUUGUCAUCGCUGACGUCUUCUGUUCUCACUUCGACUUCGUUCAGUCCAUUGAGGCUGGCAGUUGGUCCAAUUGGAAGUUUGGGCCGCGGCAACACCACCUGCAACCUCUGCUUCAAGACCUUCGCCUGCCAUUCAGCUCUCGAAAUCCACUACAGGAGUCACACCAAAGAGCGCCCCUUCAAGUGCACCGUUUGCGACAGGGGAUUCUCCACGAAGGACGGUUGUGUGUGCACGCAGAGGCGUAUCCAGGACGAAGUGGAACCUUGGAGGGCGCGAAAACGAAAGGCUGCCCUUCGCAAGUCCAUUCCCUCCGUAUUUCCCUUACCGAUGACGCCUGGAUACGCCUCAAGUUGGAUGCAAUCGGCGGGUAACAUGAAGCAGCACAUGCUGACGCACAAGAUCCGCGACAUGCCCCAGCACAUGUUCGAUAACAAGCCCCCUUCGCUGAGCGGGGAUGAUUCCACUCCGUUGCCGCCUAGUCUGCCCCAGAGGGAGGCCUCCAGCUGCGAGGGGGAGGCUCAGCAGAUGCCUCAGCAGCUGGCGCAGCCCGCGCAGGUUCUUCCUUCUGCGCAGCCUCCACCGCAGCAGCCGAAGCCGGAUCUGGAACCGCAACCAAUCAAAAGAGAACCGACAGAGACUGAACUGCCAAUGGCGAAGCGUCCCCCAAGCUUACAAUCAAGUAAGCAUUUGUGCCACGUGUGCAAUAAGAACUUCUCCUCCAGCUCGGCCUUGCAGAUCCACAUGAGGACCCACACGGGGGACAAGCCAUUCCGGUGCACCGUCUGUCAGAAGGCCUUCACGACAAAGGGCAACCUCAAGGUACAUAUGGGAACACAUAUGUGGAGCAACGGGGCGUCCCGUCGAGGACGUCGAAUGUCUCUCGAUCUGCCCCCCAUUCCCAUGACCCCCAAGGAUUCCGAAUUUCUACAGCGGAGACCCGAUCUCUUCUACCCGUACCUUCCGGCUCCAUUCCUUAAUGGAAUGCAACAAAAGCUGAACGAGAUAUCCAUGGUCCAGACAAACCAGAACGGUCUGUCUACUGCCGGCAAGUACGGCGGCCUCCUAGGCUUCGGCUACCCACCACCAGAGGCUCUACGAUCUCAGGCGAAUUCUCCCGAACGCGGCGAGAGACCGCCAAGUCACGAACCCGACACCCGCGGUCUGUGGGACCUGCAUUUCGAGAGGAAGAGCGCUGCAGACGCCUCCAGGGAAGACCUCCUGCCAGCCACAAGGGAAGGCUUGGCCGCCUGAGAGUCGCAGCACGGCUGCGAUGUUCCUAUUUACUAGUCUAAGAACGGCAAGGUGUUUCGCCCAUGUCGGAAUUUAAGCCACGGGAGGUGGGUGUCGCGGAAGGGUGAAAGGCGUUUUUCACUCUCCAGGAGGAAUAUGUUUCAUAUCCUCGCUUGAAGCUCAUUGAAAAUUAUACCUAUUCAUAGUAAAGGCCAGUACAAAGGUCAGCGUGAACGUAUUAUUUUUUGAAUGAAUAUGUAGUUAUCUACAUAUCUAAAAAUUAGUUUUAACUUUUUUGUUGAACUUGUCAUAAAAUAUCAAAAUAUUGUAUUGUGAUUUUUUAAAGAUAUACCGGUUUGUCAGAAUUAUUCAUUUAUUUGCAUCAAUGUCUGUCACCAGUUUUUCAAAAAAUCACGUUCAUAUUUCAAUUUUACUGGCAUUAUUGAUGAAUUUUUAUGAUGAUCUCAGAAAGAUCAUUUGUGAUCUUUGAAUAUACGUAUUAAUGUCAAUAUGUUCGAAAAUACAUGGAAACAACUGAAAAAAAAUUACAGUUUGAGUAUGCUACCAUUAAUUUUCAGUUCUUACAACGGCGCCUCAACCCAUGUAUUUCAAAUCUAAUCUGUAACUUAUUCAAAUUCUCGAGGAAAUUUCAACUGUUUUCCGAACUUCUAGAAACACCUUGUAUAGAACGGAUCGGGGCAAUGAUGCAUACUGUGAUAAAGCAGCCGUCAGCUGCAUAAGCUGCAAGAAGCUGCAGUGUAAUUAAAAUUAUUUAAACAAACUUUUAUCGAUAGGACCCUGUAUUAUAUAGUAGAGUGUACGAAAUCUGUACGAAAUGUAUGAUAAUGGUGAAUACUCUGAUAGUUACGUUCUAGUUUACGUUUUAUAUAUCAUAUCUCAAUAAAUAUAAUCAAAAUCGUUCGAUAUUCAAUUUCUCCAAGAUGAAUUCUCAAAAUCAUAUAUUUUGUAUGUUCGUUUUGAUGUGUUGAUAUCAUGUGUCCAAUGGACGCCGCGGCGAUGCCAGUAUUUAGCUUUACACCCUGUAUAUACGACUAGGUAAUGAAGGAUCACUGUACUGUUAUAGAUGUUGUCCAUUUUUAUUUAGCAUGUAAAUAAUCCACUGUGUACCAUAAGACUGUUUUUCUUUCCUCGAUGUAUGCUUAUUCUGUCCGUCUGUCCCAGUACAAACUACCCUCGUACACAGGGUCUGUCAAAAAUCGUGGCUCUUUCACACCCAAAACAAAUUGUACAUAUAUAUUUAUAGCUGUGUGUGUGUUGGGUGUUUUUUAAUAUCCCUUGUAUAUCAAAAAAUGCUUUUUUUCACAAAAAGCAAACAUUUCCAGUACUUACUUUUGACCCUGUAUACGAAGAGCUGAGAAUCACUAGACCCCGCGCGGUCCCCACAUACGUAUCUUGACUUCAAAAGACAGAAUAUUAUUUUAAAGUAAAGAAUAUUGUGUAAAUGUAAGUAAUUUGGAAGUUUUUUUUUAUUAUCAAUGUACAAAUAAUUUUAACUGGUCACGUUUAUCGAAACUAUGUCUGUAUUUAUAAAUCCGUGCAGCCAGUUAACUCUGUUUAAUUAUAAAAUAUAAAUAUUUAUCACAUACGA